AUUUCCUGCUAUGACUUCAAUAGCUACUAUAACAGUAUAAAUCACAAACGUUUGGAAACGAUGUAUCCCUUGUGUGUAGUCCAUGAGGAGCCAGAGAAAAGCACAAAGGCCCGGAGCUCUUCUGUACAUGUAUUAAUUCAUACCACUGAUUGUCCAGGGAUUCUACUCACCUAGUGUCCCAGGUCUGAAUCAUUCCCUGAUUAGAGGGGAAUAAUAUAAACCACACAGUACUUUUCACCUUAAUGUCUUAGUUUGAGAAAAGGGGCUUCAGAAAAUAGAGAUGACCCACCUCUCCUCCAGUCUUUCUCUCCCUCUCUUUCCAGAUCCAGACCAAUAGACAGGAGAGAUGGAGAGGUCCAAGAAGAGGACCAACAGAAGAGCUUACCUCCCCCGCAGCAGUACCCUUGGCCAAGGCUAGGAGCUCCACACCAACACCCACUGUAAACCCUAACGCAUUUUUAACUCAAAUACUUCUACCAGCCCUCCCUGGCACCAGUAUGCGGCCCCCAGCCCCCCUUUCUCCCCCCUCAGGGCUGCUGCUGUUGCUGGUCUUCUACCCCCUAGUGGUGGUAGCGCAGGCCAGCAGCAGUAAGACGGAGAGCGGACACAGCACACACCAUGGAGACACAGACCCAGACCGAUGUAUGAGGCAUCACUUCGUGGAGACCAUCACACACUCCAUCUACAAGUGCCACUCCAAUAUGGUGUUGCUAGCUCGGUGCGAGGGCCACUGCAGCCACACGUCCCGCUCCGACCCUCUCAUCUCCUUCAGCUCGGUGUUGAAGCAGCCCUUCAAGAGUACCUGUUUCUGCUGCAAGCCCCACACCUCCAAGCUGAAGGCUGUGAGACUCCGCUGCGCCGGAGGGAGCCGCAUCACAGCAACCUACCGCUACAUCCUCGCCUGCAACUGUGAGGAGUGCAGCUGAGCUGGGAAAAAUACUUUUUAAAACUCUAGAACUGUCUCCUUGAGAACGUUUCUGCACCUGCGAGUCGACAGCUAUGAAGAGUGGAAUCCUAGAACAUGUAAAGUAGAAGAACCUGCACCUUUGUAGAACCUAUAAGUCCAGGCCCUACCCAUGGACCGAGCCAGUGUUUUUGUCCCUGUAUGAUAAUUAAAUUACGAUGAUUUAACUUCCCCUGGCCUUCAUUUGCAAGUAGUGGAACCCUUAGUGCCCAAUAGAACUCUAGAACCUGAGAGUAUAGGCUAGACCCAUGGAGGAAUCUAGAACCGCCAUGCCUGUUUGUGAUGAGGACUCCAGCGCCCCAACGACUAUCUGCCUUUUAGAAUGUUGUUCCUAGGGAAGGGAGGGCAGGAGAUGUCUGAACCAGUAAUAAUAAUGGAUUGGACUUAUAUAGCGCAUUUCUACCAACUGAACUACUCCAAGCGCUUUACAUAGUAACUCACCUCAUACACCACCUGGAGGAAUGUACCAUUUCAUGGUUCUACAUGUGUUUCUAGACCUGACUGAGAAGUCAGUCAUGAGAUCCUUCAUUCUUCUUGACUCUUUGUCAAAUUGCUUUGUCAAUCCUCUAAAUAUACCACUUAUCAGUCUGGACCAAGACUCACCUGAACUCCUCAUCCAGUAGCUCAGUCCUCAAACUAAGACUCAUUAGGAACCCUGUUCCCAAAUUCUGUGUGUCUAGAACCAAGAGAACACUCGGCUCCUCAAGGCUCCCAGAAGGAGUUAGUUCUGCUAAUCCAUCGAGGGUAGAUGACAUUUCCCAGAAUCCUAUAGAACACUGUCUUCUCCCUCAUGUGUUCAGACCCAGAAACAAUUAACUGCUUUUUCGGUUUCAGCCAAACUCUCAACACUCAUUACAAGCAACAACAACACAUAUGCAUAUGCAUACGCUCGUAUUCAAUCACUCAUCACCUCUCUAAUUACACACACCGUCUCCCCACUCUCACCACUAAUUACAUCUAUAAAUGUAUGGUGCCGACGUCAUAAAACCCAACAGCACAACAUGCAUAAUUAAAAGCAGAGCAGGCCGUGUAUCCUAUGAGAUACAUGUGUAAUGUACAUGUGUAAUGACUGUGCUUAACUACACCUUCCCCCUGUCUCCUAGCCAGGCCAUAAACAUAACAUACUCCACCAGAUAUUCACCUACAGUUGAAGUUGGUAGUUUACAUACACCUUAGCCAAAUACAUUUCAACUCAGUUUUUCACAAUUCCUGACAUUUAAUCCUAGUAAAAAUUCCCUGUCUUAGUUCAGUUAGGAUCACCACUUUAUUUUAAGAAUGUGAAAUGUCAGAAUAAUAGUAGAGAGAAUUAUUUAUUUCAGCUUUAAUUUCUUUCAUCACAUUCCCAGUGGGUCAGAAGUUUACAUACACUCAAUUUGUAUUUGGUAGCAUUGUCUUUAAAUUGUUUAACUUGGGUCAAAUGUUUCGGGUAGCCUUCCACAAGCUUCCCACAAUAAGUUGGGUGAAUUUUGGCCCAUUCCUCCAGACAGAGCUGGUGUAACUGAGUCAGGUUUGUAGGCCUCCUUGCUCGCACACGCUUUUUCAGUUCUGCCCACAAAUCUUCUAUAGGAUUGAGGUCAGGGCUUUGUGAUUGCCACUCCAAUACCUUGACUUUGUUGGCACAGUCAAUUUAGUGUAUGUAAUCUUCUGACCAACUGGAAUUGUGAUACAGUGAAUUAUAAGUUAAAUAAUCUGUAUGUAAACAAUUGUUGGAACAAUUACUUGUGUCAUGCACAAAGUUGAUGUCCAAACCGACUUGCCAAAACUAUAGUUUGUUAACAAGAAAUUUGUGGAGUGGUUGAAAAACAAGUUUUAAUGACUGGAACCUAAGUCUAACCUCCGACUUCAACUGUAUCUGUGUGAAACAUGAUGAACCCUGGCAGGCCAUAUCACCAGCUGAUGUACUCUCAGAGAACAGACUCUUACACCAUGACUGCUUUGGCCAGAGCCCGGAGGACUAUAACGCAAAAUGCAUCAGAGUGCAAAAGUGGAGUUUCCAGAGGGACAUUCUGUUGUUGGGGUAGCUACACGCUAUGUUUGGGAGAUACAGUGAUGGGAAACCAUUGUGCGCAGUGGCAUAUGGACUGAAAAAUGGUCUGUCAAUGCUCUGUGAAACUGAUGAUUUGGUGGUUGUUAUUGUUGAAACUAUUAAUAUUAUUAUCGUGCCAGAGUUUAUGAUUACUGACACAUGAUUUGCUAUCAUUAAGUACUUCACUAAUUAUCUCAUUUCAAUAUUUAGAUACUUUGAGAAUGGACUCUGUGUGUUACAGCUCCUGCUGCUCACAAUUCAAAUACAUUUUUUUGACUUACUCUGGAUUUGUGCAUGUUACCACUUUAGUGCAUUUAAGACAGUCCCAAACCAUUGGAUUUAUCAGGAGUCAGGUACUGUGUCUAUCUACCAGACGAAGGUAUGGGGAGAGGGUUCCAUUUUAGAAUCGAGCAGAAUGGUGUUAAGAUAAUGAUGGACUAAACAAAAGACCUCAGAGUCCCACAGAAGUGAUGACUGAAGUGCUUCGAAAUCCUGUCGAGAAAGAGAUCACACACACAAACACACACACACACACACACACACACACACACACACACACACACACACACACGCCUUUGUUCUUAUCUAUGGCCUCUAACUGUGCCGUCCUCUAGGAAAUCAUACAAAUUGCUGGUUUGAUUUGUUAAUGCAGAUCAUGGCUGAUUCACACGUCAACCUAAUAAACAGUCCUUUUGUUUCUGCC